AACUGCUCUUGAGCAAUCAAGCCACGUUUUUCCCCUUCUUUCCGACCAGGAAAAAAAAGUGUAAAGCUUCUUUUUCUUCUUCCCUAAGAAAAUGCAAGAGAUGCUAUAUGGAGGACCCGAAGUCUUCGUCCAUUGGCUUUCACAAGCUCUUUACCAUUGAAAAGCUCUGGAAACGGAGAGAAAAAGAAUUGGGGUUGCUGAAGAUUACAUUGCUCAGAUGACCGAGACUACUACCCCCGACUAUCUAUCUGUCCUCUCUUCUACAGAGAGAGACUUUCUCGUUCGCAACAACGGCGAUCAGGUUAAGAUAGACAGCUUGAAGGGGAAGAAGUUUGGCUUGUAUUUUUCAGCAUCAUGGUGUCGACCAUGUCGUCGUUUCACCCCAAACUUAGUUGAGGUGUACAAUGAAGCUGCCUCAAAAGGUGAUUUUGAGGUUGUCUUUGUUUCAGCUGAUAAAGAUGAGGAGUCAUUUAAUGGGUAUUUCUCCAAAAUGCCAUGGCUUGCAGUCCCAUUUUCUGAUUCAGAGACACGUUAUCAGUUAGAUGUAUUGUUCAAGGUCAGUGAAAUACCAUACCUUGUGAUCAUUGGUGAAAAUGGAAAAAUCUUGGGUGACCAUGGAGUCGGAACUAUUCAGAAGUAUGGAGUUGAAGGAUAUCCUUUUACGGCAGAAAGAAGAAGAGAACUAGAUGAAGCGGCAAAAGAGGAACAGUCCCUGAGAUCAAUCUUGGUCUCACCUUUCCGUGACUUCGUAAUCUCACCUGAUGGAAAUAAGGUGCCUGUCUAUGAACUUGAAGGGAAAACAGUUGGUCUGUAUUUCUCAGCUUCUUCAUACCAGUCAUGCGUUGAAUUUACGCCAAAACUAGUGGAGGUUUAUGAGAAACUCAAAGCUAAGGGAGAAAGCUUUGAGAUUGUAUUGAUUCCACUUGACAAUUUUGAAGAAUCAUUUGAGCAAGAUUUUAAAAAUAUGCCUUGGUUUUCAUUUCCAUUCGAGGACAAUAGCUGGGGAAAUGUUUUCCGUUAUUCUGAGUCGUCAGACCUUCCCACUUUGGUUGUUAUUGGCCCAGAUGGCAAAAUUCUCCAUGCCAAUGUUGCUAAAGCCAUUGAAGAGCAUGGAGUUCUGGCAUAUCCAUUCACCCCAGAGAAGUUCAAAGAGCUCCUUGAGAUUGAGAAGGCAAAAGAGGAAGCUCAAACCCUUGAGUCAUUAUUGGUUCUUGGAGAUCUGAAUUUUGUCAUUGGAAAAGAUGGGGCCAAGGUACCGGUAUCUGAACUUGUUGGAAAGAACAUUCUACUUCACCUCUCAGCUCAUUGGUGUCACUUCUGUCGUGGAAUCCUGCCUAAGCUUAUUAAAACAUACCACGACAUAAAGGCAAAAGACAAUUCAUUUGAAGUGAUCUUCAUCUCAAGUGAUCAUAAUCAGGCUUCCUUCGAUGAAUUCUUUUCAAGCAUGCCUUGGUUAGCUCUUCCUUUCAGUGACGAGAGAAAGAAAAACCUUGAAAAAAAAUUUAAAAGCCAAGCCAUUCCUGCAGCCAUAGCCAUCAGCCCCUCUGGCCGGACAGUGAGCAAGAAAUUACGACAGUACAUAGCCUACUUUGGGCCUGAUGCCUAUCCAUUCACAGAAGAGAAGUUUAAGCAUUUGGAUGAACAGUUGGAUGAAAUGGCAAAGCAGUGGCCAGACAAAGUCAAGCAUAAGUUGCAUGCUGAACAUGAGCUUCUGCUCACUCGCUGUGAUUCAUACGAAUGUGAUGGGUGUGAGGAGACGGGAUAUGCUUGGUCCUACUUGUGUCAGAAUUGUAACUUUGAUCUCCAUCCGAAUUGUGCCUUGAAGAACGAUGAAGAAACAGACAGUGAUCCAACAGACAAGCGUGAAUUCGUAUCAUGAUGAUGUGUGCCGUAGAGUUUAAGAAAGUUGUGAAUUAUACAAUAUAUCUAUGUGGCUUUAUGAGCAUCGUUUUCUAGUUAUAUCUCAAGUGCUUGUAAUUAUGUUUUGUAUGUGAGCGGAUGGUGGUAAGCACAAUGUACUGGAGUUGCUGUGAUAUAAAAUAUUGUGCCACUGCCAUGCAGUUGAGGUUGAAAUGAGAAGAAAAUGGACUUCUUGUAUCUUGUAUAAUUUUAUACUUUUGUAGCUAUUAGCUCUUAAUAUCUUACACUUAAAACAAGCCAAUAUAAACCAUAUAAUAAAAAUAAAAAUUCACCGAAGAGAAAUUGGUUUAGUAUGCAA